AUGAGCAAAUCAGAAAUUUAAAAGCUUAGAGCGAAAGCUUUCUAGAAUAGGAAAAAAAAUAUUAAAGCGAAUUAUCAAAUAAGAAUAAUGAAAUAUUAAAAUAUAAAUAAGAAAUUGUAGCUCUAGAAGGCUAGCUAAAAUAGCAAAAUUUAAAAAUAAAAUAAAACAAAAGUGAAUUAAAAUCUUAGAAUAAUUAAAUUAUGGAAGAGUUAAGAUAAAAAAUAAGAGAAUAGUAAGAUGAGAUAGAUAAAAAAACCAAAAGAAUUAUUGAACUUAGUAAAUUUUUAGAAAAUAAUCAGAAAUCUAAAUCAGCAAGUCUUGAAAAAGAUGAAAUGCUAGAUGCAUUUUAAGACAAUUUUGAUUCUUAAACUGAGCAGGUAUUCAAAGACUAGGUUGAUAAAUAAUAUUAAGAAAGCAAGUAAUAGUAAGAAAUUUUAAUAAGUUCAAAUUAAUAAAAAUAAAAUGCUAUUUCUUAAUAGUAAAUUGGAUAGGUAAAAAGUUAAGAUUAAGAUCUAAAUAACAAGGUAAAAGCUAUCAAAUAGUAAAAAAAAUAGGUAUAAUUUUAGGAAAGUAUAGAGGAAAUAUAAAUAGAAUAGACAAAACUUUCUAAUACUGCUAAUUCUCAAGUAGGUUAUUAAAAUAGUCAUUAUGAGGAGUAAAUUGUUAAAAAAAUAAAACUAAAUGAAGAGAUUCUGCUUGAAAGCAAGAAAAAAAUAGAUAAUAUAUCACAGAUAUUAGAAAAGACUUAUGAAAAUAUAAAUAGCUAAGGUUCUGAUAUAACUAGUUUAAUAACAAAACAAGAUAAAAUUUUAGAAAUAGCAAACUAAUAAGUUGGCAACUAAUAAGCAAGCUCAAAGCAAACGUAAAUAUUUUUUGAAUCUAUGCAUGGCUAAUAAUAAACAAUAAAAUAGAUUAUGGAAUCAUAACUGCAAGCUUUCUAAUCUAAUUUAUUAAAAGAAUAAGAAAAAAUUUUGUAAAAAAUGUCUCAAUAAUUUUCAGAUGAAAUGCAAAAAGUUAUAUCGAAAGGUGAAACAAAUUUAAUUCUUCAUCCAAACACACUGA